ACUAUAUUGAGAAUACAUAAUGAGGUACAAGAGGCGCACCUCGCAGGCGGCCAGGAAUUCCCGGCAUUCUGACAAGAAAUAUACUAUACAACUGGAUCUGGACUAUUUGGAGCGCGGUGGAGCCACCAUGACAGUUGGGGGAGCGCCUAGCGUGGAACCCAGUCCGGAUAGCCUGGACCUCAUCAAGGUCGUGCUUCUUGGAGCACCGGCUGUCGGGAAGACCAGUAUUAUCCAGCAAUUCGUAUGGAGCGACUUCUCCGAAGAGUACGUGCCGACGGACAGAAAGCACACAUUUUACCCCUCGGUGAUCAUCAACGAGCAUCUGUACGAAGUCAAAAUCACAGAUGUGCCAGUCAUCCCCUACUUCCCCAUAAACUCCUACUACGAAUGGGCGCAUUACAGAUUCUACGGACUCAGGAAUGCUACUGCAUAUAUAUUGGUCUUUGAUCUGUCGAAUGUCGAGACUUUCCAGUACAUACGGUCGCUUCGGGAUCAAAUGGUGGAGAGCAGGGACAUGCGCAACGUCCCAGUUCUGGUCGUAGGCAAUAAACAGGACUUACUCUGUAGUAAUACUCCAUCAGCGGCAAGCGGUCUGCAGCAGUUGGCUAUAGCUGAAAGCGCUUGCGGCGACUCGAGAGAGAAAAGGAGGAAUAUAGUUAACUUAGUCCGUAAACAUUGGAAGUGCGGGUACGUGGAAUGCUCGGCCAAGUAUAAUUGGAGAGUGAUUGCUGUUUUUAAGGAGCUAAUGGAGAUGAUUGAUGCGUUGGAGUGGAGUGGGGGUGGGAGGUCGGCCGAACCCCCCCCGGACUCGUCGGCGGGUGGAGGGAGUGGAUCUCACGACACGCGGUGCGUGAUAGCUUAG